UCACAGUAUUGCACUGAGAGGAACACAUCUCCAGAUCCCAUUCAAUGAACAUGGGGCAUGUGCUCACGAUCAGGGGUUUCAACCACUGGAAAUGAUGAAAUCAUUAGCAUGGAGGGCAGAAGAGGGGGCGUCGAGAAGAGAGCGAGAGAAAGAGAGAGAGUAACUCAUUAGCUCUUUACAGCAGUACUUCUCUCAAAUUCCUCCAAUGGUUAGGGAGUGUGUUAGUUUAAAGAUCAUCUAUGAAAGGCAUCUACAUGGACAAGAGAACAAACCAACUAAUUUAUCAAUUUUAGAUUUAACCAUUACGGUUUUAGGAACAUUUACUAAUCUUUAGAUGAAAAUGGACUUGAAGAAGUGAACUGCUUUUUAUUCAACGAUUACCUAGAAGAGAUCUGGAGUUUGCAGACUGAAAGUUUGAAGAAUGCAGGCUGUGUCUGGUUUCAGAUACAGAGAGCAGGGUGAAGGCUCUUUGCAGCAACUCAUGCCAAGAAUGGUACGGGUAACAGGAACAGGAGGACCAGGCUCCAAUGCUGGAAGUCUCCAGGGGCCUCUCAGAUCUUCAAAACCCCCUCGAGAGCUGAGUUCAGAGGAGCAACAGGAGCUGCGAAGGAAGAUCAACAGCCGUGAAAGGAAGAGAAUGCAGGACCUCAACGUGGCCAUGGAUGCUUUACGGGAAGUCAUGGUGCCCUACUCCUCUUCUUCCACCGGUGUAGGGGGAGCACUGCAGCACCCCUACCUCCCUCCUGGAGCCCCUCCGACUGGACGGCGCCUGUCCAAGAUCUCGACACUGGUGCUGGCUCGGAACUACAUCCUGCUCCUGGGCUCCUCCUUGCAGGAGAUGAGGCGUCUGCUAGGUGAGGUCAGCAUUGGAAUGGGCGUCAGCGGGACUGUACCACGUCUGCUGCUGACAGGAGGGUGGCCAUUUCUUACCGGGCCAGGACAACUUUUGCUUUCCCCUCCUGAGCAGCAAUUGGGUGUUGCAAAGUGCCCUCUUUUGCCUCAGGGUGCCCAGGAGGAGCCUUUGGCAUGGGGGCCAGGCAGCAUGUCAGAGAGCCCAGUGUGCCAGUGUGGGGUGUGCCGGACACCCCGGGUGGUGCAUGUUAAUCCAGCCAUGCGUUUUCCAAAGUGAUUCCAUCGUGCCUCGGAGAAAGGCUAAUAAAGAACAAUGCAACAAUAGGCAGAAUUUUAAUGUCUUUAGAGGAUGAGGUUUCUGGUUAUUAAGAUUUUUGGUAACACUACAAUAAGGUUCAGUCUGUUAACCCUAAAAUUCUGUCAUAAUUUCUAACUGUUAUAACAUAUUAAAAGUCUUUGACUUUCGUUUGUGGAGCCCAAAAGAUAAAAACAAAGUAAGUCACAUGGGGUAGGAAUAACUUCUCUAUAUACCAUUGUUAGGAAAGUUCAGCUCUGGAGAGUCGUAGUCAUGCAGAGUUUUGUUUGAAUCAAAGUUUGUAUGUUACUAGAAAGCUAUGACUGGAAAGAAUGCAAACAUAUUUUGUAAAACAUUACCCAUUUUUUUUCUGCAAAACAAUGUUGUCUUUAAUUGUCUCCUAAAUACUGUUUGCAUUUCUGUUCACAUAGAACUAAACUAGAAAUAAAAAAAAGU